UGUACUCUCUCUUACCAAAAGACCCAAUUUUAGACAACAACAACAAUACUUAAAAAUUUUUCUUCAAAUUAACAAUUCCAAAUCCAAAAACUUGUGCAAAAAAAGAAAAAGAAAAGAAAAAAAAAAUCUGGGUUGAUCAAUAAAGUUUGCAAAGAUUGCGAGUAACAAAGAGAAUGACGAAGAGAAGGCAGGGGAGAGCACUAACAGUUCAUCCUCUGCAGAAAGUACACCAACCAAGCUUUUGGCAUUGCAAAUGGAGGUUACAUUGAUGAACGGUGGUGGUGGAGGCAGUGUUGGUGGUGGUGGAGGAACUGCUAUUGGAGACACGGAUCUCCACCACGCGCCGACAGUGGUGUUGGUGCAGGGGGAAGGGGGAGACUACCCAAAAGUGAAUAACUUUGAGGAUGUGAAGACAAUUUGUUACCUAGAGUCAGCAAAGUUGUGGACAAUUGCAGGACCAAUUGCUUUUAAUAUUCUGUGCAAUUAUGGGAUUAAUUCAUUCACUAAUAUCUUUGUUGGGCAUAUUGGGGAUGUGCAGCUCUCUGCUGUGGCUAUUUCUUUGUCUGUUCUUGCUAACUUCUCUUUUGGAUUCUUGCUUGGUAUGGGAAGUGCACUUGAGACACUAUGUGGACAAGCAUUUGGAGCAGGGCAACUAGAGAUGUUGGGUGUUUACAUGCAACGUUCAUGGAUCAUCCUAUCUGGUGCCUGCUUCCUCAUCAUGCCUCUCUACAUCUAUGCCACCCCUAUCCUCAAGCUCCUUGGCCAACGCGACGACAUUGCCAGACUCGCUGGAGAUUUCUCCAUCCAAGUCAUCCCUCAGAUGUUCUCUCUUGCCAUCAACUUCCCCACCCAAAAGUUCUUGCAAUCUCAGAGCAAGGUGGGGAUUCUGGCGUGGAUUGGAUUUGUGGCACUCUUCAUACACAUUGGGAUGUUAUAUCUCUUCAUAGAAGUGUUAGGGUGGGGCACGGGCGGUGCAGCGGCGGCGUAUGACAUCUCGGCAUGGUUGGUGGCAUUGGCUCAGGUGGCUUAUAUCGUGGGGUGGUGCAAAGAUGGUUGGAAGGGGCUGUCUUGGCUAGCUCUCAAGGAACUUUGGCCCUUUGUGAAACUAUCUGUGGCUUCAGCUGUUAUGAUCUGUUUGGAAAUUUGGUAUUUUAUGAGUAUCAUUGUCCUCACUGGACACCUUGAAGAUCCUGUCAUUGCUGUUGGAUCACUUUCCAUCUGCAUGAAUGUUAAUGGUUGGGAAGGCAUGCUAUUUAUUGGAAUUAAUGCAGCUAUAAGUGUUAGGGUUUCAAAUGAGCUAGGAUCAAAACAUCCCAGGGCAGCAAAAUACUCAGUCUUUGUAACAGUGAUAGAGUCUCUUCUAAUAGGGAUAUUGUUCAUGUCAAUUAUAAUGACUACUAGAAACCAUUUCGCUGUCAUUUUCACAGACAGCAAAGACAUGCAAAAAGCUGUUGCUCAUUUGGCUUACCUUCUUGCCAUUACCAUGGUCCUCAACAGUGUUCAACCUGUUAUUUCUGGAGUUGCUGUUGGAGGAGGAUGGCAAGCACUUGUGGCCUAUAUUAAUUUGUUUUGUUAUUACAUUAUUGGGCUCCCUCUUGGUUUCCUUCUAGGUUACAAGACAAGUUUAGGAGUGGAGGGAAUUUGGAUUGGUAUGAUAUGUGGGACUCUUCUUCAAACGUUGAUCCUUUUGUUUAUCACAUGGAAAACAAAUUGGAAUGAUGAGGUAGAACAAGCAUCGGAGAGACUAAAGCAAUGGGCUGGGAAAGAUGAAAUGUCUGAUCCCUUGUAAAAAAAAAUCACAUUUCUUUCACUCCAAAUUAAGGAAUUUCCAUUAAUUGUGUAUUCUUCCUUACAAUUACUUAAUUAGUGUGUUAGAUUGAGUUGAGUUAGG